AAUUGGUAAAAAUUAGCACAUAUCUCUCAUUGGUGUUCAACGAUUCAAGUUGUUGUUUGAGCAUUGCUAAUCUCUUGGAAGUACCCAUUCGAUGGGCAGAUCUCUUCACCUGAGUGUGACACGUGGUAAAUUAUUUGGGCCCAGACUUUCUGUACAGUAGUCCAGAUCCAGGACUUUGCCAAAUUCAACGAGAAAUAACAGAACGUCAGAAAUAGAGUUGCAUGGUCAGGUGACUUUGUUCAAGAGAGAGAAAGCUCGAGAGGAGGAAGGGGAGUUGCAGAGAAGAUCAGGGGAGGCGGUCUUCAUGUCGUUUUCUUUCUUCAAGUCGUCGAGGCCCAAGACCUCAUCGGAGCUCGUAAAAGCGAUAAGAGAGAGUCUUCUUGCCCUCGAUUCCAAGACCGUUGCCGAAGUUAAAGCUCUCGAGAAGGCUCUAGAAGAAGUUGACAAGAAUAUACUGGCAAUGAAGCAAAUGCUAUCUGGAGAUGGGGAAGUUGAACCAAAUAUGGAUCAAAUUUCACAGUUUACAUUUGAGAUCUGCAAAGAGGAUGUUUUUGGCCUUCUGGUUCUCAAGUUACCCAUAUUGGGAUGGGAAGCAAGGAAAGAUUUAGUGCAUUGUUGGUGCAUAUUGUUGAAGCAAAUGGUUGGCUCUAGUUAUUGUUGUGCAGAAUAUAUUGAGAAUCAUCCAGAACUACUGGACUUCCUUGUUACGUCCUAUGAUAACAAAGACGUUGCAUUAACUUGUGGAAUUAUGUUGAGAGAAUGCAUCAAGCAUCCAACCCUUGCAAAAUAUAUUUUGGAAUCCACAAGCUUUGAGUUGUUCUUCAAGUUUGUGGAGUUGCCUAACUUUGAUGUUGCUUCUGAUGCUUUUUCUACUUUUAAGGAUUUGCUUACUAAAUAUCCAAAUGUGGUAUCCAAAUUCCUAAAAGCCCAUUAUGAAGAGUUCUUUGAGCAAUAUGAAAGUCUUCUAACAUCCAAAAAUUAUGUGACAAGAAGGCAGUCAUUGAAGCUUCUUUCAGAAUUUCUUUUGGAGUCUCCAAAUUCCCAUAUAAUGAAGCGUUACAUCACAGAAGUUCGGUAUCUGAAAGUCAUGAUGACAUUGCUGAAGGAUUCAAGCAAAAAUAUCCAGAUAUCAUCUUUCCACAUUUUCAAGGUCUUUGUUGCUAAUCCAAACAAACCAUUGGAAAUAAUCCAAAUCUUAGCAAAGAACCAUGAAAAGCUACUUGAGCUCCUCCACAAUCUUUCUGUUGGCAGAGGUGGUGAUGAUGAGCAAUUUGAAGAGGAAAGGGACUUGAUUAUCAAGGAAAUUAAGAGAAUAUCUUGCCUACCAAAUAUUGCUUCCUAGUGCGCAAGUGCAAAUAGCAUACUGUUAUCUUCUUUUGUCUCAGAGUUUUCUAUAUUCAAGGAUUUCCUUGUACAAUCUACUACACUCAUGAAUGGAGUUUAUUUGCAACAAGAGUUCAAGAUAUGAUGCAAUGGGUAUUCUGAGAACUGUCAGUACUACUGGAAUCUUAUAUGAAUGUUAAAAGGAAAAUGAGUUAUUACUCUUCGUA